CUUCGCGUCUCCCAACACCACAACUCAAUACCCAUUGAACCACAUACGCAACGAUGUCCGACAACGACGACACAGUAAUGGCCGGGACGAAGCGGCCCGCACAAGAGACUCCCGACGAUGGCGAGAGCUCUUCCUCGGACGAUGACUUUGGCCCAUCCCUCCCUCCCUUCGGCGGAGCACAAAAGAAGAAGAAGCGACGGACGCUCCCCAAAGUGCUCGAGAAACAGUACCUUUCAGCGCUCCCCACCGCCGCGAGAUACAGCAAAUCGUUGAUGCACCGGGACAUCCUCGCGUUCGUGACCAUCACGCCGCUAACGGACUUUUUGAUCACGACGAGCGUCGAUGGCGUGGUCAAGUUCUGGAAGAAGAUGGCAAGCGGUAUCGAGUUCGUCAAGAUGUUCCGCGCCCAUCAGGGCGAGAUUGUCGCUGUGGGCGUGAGCAGUGAUGGAAGAAGCUUCGCCAGCGCGGGAGUGGACAAGAAGGUCGUUAUUUUCGAUGUGGUUACGUUUGACUUGCUGGCGACAAUCACGAUCGAAAAUACUCCGCGGGCGAUAUGCUGGGUCCACCGCCGAGGCUCGCCGCUGCCCAUGCUCGCCAUCUCCGACACUGUAUCGCCGGUGAUAUCCAUCUAUGACGGCCGAGGCGAGAACCAGAAUCCUGCGCCUCUCCACAGGCUCACCAACCUACACCGAAGCAUAGUCCAUCUGAUGGCGUUCAACGACAAGUACAACUGCGUGGUCUCGUGCGAUGAAAGCGGCAUGGUGGAAUACUGGGCACCGCGCCCCGAGCGCGAGUUUGAGAAGCCGGAUUCCGUCUUUGAGUACAAGGCUGGCACUGGGCUGUUCGAGUUCAAGAAGUCGAAAUCGGUUCCCACCUCCAUCAUCAUGUCUCCAACCCAGGAGUCGUUCGCUACCUUCUCACACCCGGACAGGCUCAUCCGGGUGUUUGAUUUCCCCUCCGCGAAGCUCUCCCGUACCUAUGAUGAAUCCCUCACCACCCUAGCAACACUGCAACAAGCCUCAUCCGCAACCAACAAGCUACCGGAUAUCGAGUUUGGCCGGCGAAUGGCCCUCGAGUCAUCACUGGACUCGGCGGCACUCCGGAAGGCAAACAUCAUCUUCGAUGAAACGGGCAACUUCAUAAUCUUCGGCACUCUCGCGGGGAUCAAAAUCCUAAAUCUGUCCACCAACAGGCUCGUGCGUACCCUUGGUAGGGACGAGGCCAUCCGUCCCAUGAACAUUGCCGUGUACCAAGGCGCGCCCUCCAAGAAGAGUGUGAUGACCGUGGAAAUGGCGGCCUCAUCCAACCCGCUGCUCGAAGAAGCAAAUGUCCGCGAUCCGAUGAUCUUCUGCACCGCCGCGCAGAAACCGCGGUUCUACAUGUUCAGCAACGACAAUGCGGCGUCAAAGUCCGAGCGCGAUGUCUUCAACGAGAACCCACUCAAGGAGGGUGUCUCGGCUUCAUCGAAAUCACUCGAGCGCCGGCCGGGGGAUACAGGUGCUGCGGCAAUCCUGCACACUUCGAUGGGUGAUAUCCACCUCCGGCUGUUCCCUGAAGCCGCACCCAAGACGGUUGAGAACUUUGUUACCCAUGCCAGAAACGGGUACUACAACGGCACGAUAUUCCACCGUGUGAUAAAGAAGUUUAUGAUCCAGGGAGGCGACCCGCUGGGUGACGGCACGGGUGGAGAGAGUAUCUGGGGUGGGGAAUUUGAGGAUGAGUUUGGCUCACUCAGACACGAUAAGCCAUAUACUCUCAGCAGUGCCAAUUACGGACCGAAUACGAAUGGUAGUCAAUUCUUCAUCACCACCGAGAAGACACCGUGGCUCGAUAACAAACAUACCAUCUUUGGACGUGCGACACAAGGACUGGAUGUCAUCCAUAAGAUUGAGAACGUAAGAGCGUUCAAAGACAAGCCCGAGGAAGAUAUCAAGAUCAUCAGCGUUACUAUACUAUAGACAUGGUGUUUAAGUGGACUAUUUUUAUCGCGCAAGACUGCACAUAUCAAUGUGCCAGG